AUGGGGAAGAAAGGCCGGGGCAAGAAAACCCGAAAGGGGUCCAAGCCCAAGGGCCACACGGCCGCUGGCGUUGCUGAGCCCACAGCCACACAUCAACAUGCGCCUCCAAACGCGUGGCUUCCGUCUCUGCUCAAUAUUGAUCUGGAACAGCAGCUGCCCAAGCUGCUCGAUCCCGUCUUGCUCUCGGCCAUGCACGAGAACCCGGCCAAAUACCUCAAUAGUAUACCCCGACAGGUCGAGGUUGUGCAAGUGCCUGUGCGCGACAUUCAUCGCCUGCUUCUAGAGGCGGCAGGCAUCUCACAUGAGACCUAUGAACGGGCACUCCUCGACUCGGCUGAAGCCGAAGAUUCUUUGCGUGACAUGGUGCAAGCCGUGGCACAACAAAUACAAGACGGUGGUGCGGACCACUCGGGGCCUGCCGUAGACCCUUUGGCCGCAGCAACAGCAUCAGCAUCUGCAGCCAUGGGCACAAGCUCUGCCUCGAGUGUUGCUCCAGAUGCGGCCACUGCAGCCACUGCUGCUGAUGUUGUGGAGGCUGACGCUUCCAGCACGGGCGUUGACAAGAGCACGCAUAUCACCGCAUCCCACGUGUUGAACCUCCCCUCCAUGGAUUCGUUGACCUUGUCGGAACCCUUGUCCGAAUUGCGAAAACGCAGCCACACGUUGGAUCCACCAGAUGACGUCCUCGAACAGUUGGACGAGCCUUACGCUCCGGAGACACCACAAAUGCCCGACCUCUUCAACGAUGCCGAUUACCUGUACUUGGUGCUGCCUCGCCAAACCUCAAUGACUUAUGGUACCAUUGAAGACCAAACUGAUCUCAUUGUCAACUGGCUCUAUCGCUCGCCAGAAACCACCAACGAGUAUCGAUGGCGCCAAAUCUGCCCGGGGCUCAAGGCCAUUCACAAGCGCAUCCUAACCCUGGCUCCUUUGAUUGAGGCAAAAGAAAAGGUGCUGAGCGUGCGCGCCGAAUUCACCGUGAUGCUUCACGGCAAAUUCCGGCAGUUGAAUGCCGUGAGCGACCCGCAGCGCCACCAGCGCCGGCUUGAGUUUGUCGAGGUCAUGUGCCUGUGGGUAGUUGUGGACCAGUAUCUUGAGAUUACCGAUCGUCGCAUCAACGUGUUCAACAAGGAUCUGGAGUCUGUCAGUACCCUGGCCAGACGCAUGCAGGAUAGCAUCAGCGAAAUGUCCAGCCAAAUCACACAGCACGAAAAGGAUUUGGAGAGCAUCGAUGUGAUGGAACUCAAGGCCUUGCAAAUGCAAAUCAAUCUUUUACAGGAGGGCCAGCGCUCGAAAAAGGCCGUACCGCCCCUGCAGGGUGCCCUCUAUCAGCAGCGCAAGGACAAUCUGGCCGCUAAAAUUAAGGCAUGUCGGGGCAAGAUUCGCACACUCCGUGACAAAUAUCAGCGGACCUUGCGAAUCCUAGUGCGCACACGGCAAAAGCUGAGCGCGCAAGAAGACAUGAAGCAGCGCCUCCUUCAAUUGCAGGCGCAAUGCCAGGUCAUGAUGCGCGAAAACCCGGAGGGCGCCCAGCUGCAGCAGCAGCUUUUCGAGGCGCAUCAGCAAGGUAGGGCUCAACUCGAGCGUGCCAACGUUCAGGCCGCUGCCAAGGAGCAGGCACUGGUCGACUCGGUUUGGCAAGCUUUGGCCAAGUGUGAGGCUGCUGAUGCUUCUGCUGGCUCGACGACCUCAAAAUCAGCUGCGGAAGCGGCUGCCCCGCCCAGACCGGCAGCGGCAAGCAGCAAUGAUUCCCAAUUUCCUGCAGAUGUGGCAGCGGCCAUGAGUGAAAUGCUGUCCGCCGCCCAGGUCGAGGCCCAAGCUCAGGCCGUUUUGGAUCAAGCUGCAGCAGUGGCCGCCGCCGCCGCCGCGGAGCAGUCGUCCCGCUUGUCAAUUUUUGAGAAAAUGGACUUGCGCCCCAUUGCCAUGUUUGAGAAGCAGGAAUCCGACGACCUGGACCGUCUUUUGGAAGAACAUGCGGCCAAGAUUGAGGAGCGCUCUCAGCUCUUUGACCUCUUGCGCGAAGCCGCGUACUCAGAUCCCAUUCUGCGCGUCGUGCGGCGAUGCCUCAAAGCCCGCAUUGAGGAGGUGGUGAAGAUUUGUCGCAUCGCAGACAUUCGCCAAAAGCUCAUGCUUGAGCGCGCGCUGGCUGAGCGCUCUCGCGCCGUGGCCGAGGAUCUUUUGCGCCAAGAGGAAGAGGCGCGUAUGCGCGAGCGCGAUCGGUUGGAAGCCAAGGCCGAGGCUGCCCGCAAGCGCGUGGAAGAGAAGCAGCAGGCUGAACAACGUGCGCGCCAACAGCUGGAGGACCUGGAUCGCCGCAUUCGGCAGCAACAACAGGAAGCCGAGGAGCAACGCAAAGAACAGGAGCGCGAGGCUCUACGAAAGCGCGAGGCAGCCAUUCUUGAACAAGAGGAGGAGGCUCGGCGUCUCUUUGAGGAGCAGCGCCGGCUUGAGCUUGAGACACACGCUGCCCAAGUGGCCAGCACCACUGCAACUGAAGAUGUCGCAGCAAGCGAGGUGGUGGCGCCGGAUUCGGCUUCAGAUAGGGUCCAUGCCAUCAAAGCGAGCGACUCUUCCGUCCCAGAAGGGCCAGAGGCCCCCAACUUAGAGGUCGGGGAAGCAGAAGCCGCGGCUUCCUCCGAAGGUCGCGUUAGCAAAUCGAAACGGCGUCGCGCAAACCGACGCAAGCAACGGCAACAAGAGCGCGCAGCUGCAGUUGCGGGUGCUCGUGCUGGGGAUGCUCGUGCUGAGAAUGCUCGUGCUGAGGAUGCUCGUGCUAUCUCUGAGCCUAACCCAUCAGCGUCAGCACCCAUACCCGCCUCUUUGCCUGCGCCCGAAGCCCUCUCCCUGCCCCCUUUGAAGACUGGGCCAGAGGUGGCGGCUGCGUCGUCCCACGAGCUCAACCCAAGGCCCGCACCAGAACCUGCUGCUGCUGAUAUUGCUUCCGGGACUCAGAUGCAAGUCAAGCCCGUGAAGGCCAGUAAUCCCGUGGCGGCGUCACUCGCCUUUCCGACUCUUGUGCCCACACCGACAGCCGUCUCACUUCCGCCUCAUUCCGCAACCUCGGCGAGAGGGUUACCUACGAGCACACCGACCAGUGACAGUCACCAGGCUUUCUUGAAUUCCCCAUCUAUUUUUGGCACGAGCCAAAUGGGUGCAAAUCCACCUGGAUUUGCAGCCGUAUCACCAGCUUUGUCCGCCGAGGUUUGGGGAGGUGAUGGGUUCGAGAGCAGCUCUGAUCGCUUGAUGCCCUUUGGUAGCGAAGUGGGCUUUGGAAGUUUUGGCAGUGCGCCAAGUUCAAGCUUGGGGUUUGACCCCGGCAUGGAUCAUUGGUCCUCCAUGUUGGACGAGCGUGCUCCCGAGUUUGUGCCCAAAGCGCAAUUCACUUCCUUACCCCCUUCCGCAGCUCCGGGCGUGGCAAGCAACGGGCGCAGCAGUGCCGGGGCUGGGGCGUUUGCUUCACCGUGGGGAUUGGAGCGCCCGGUGGGUGAGCCAGCCAUGUCAGCUUAUGGAGCUGGUGCCGGGGCGGCAACGGCUGCGGCUGCGGCAACAUGGUCCACCCCGACGUAUGACGGCUUUGGAGCCAUUGCAGGAGCUUCUGGCUUGGCUUACCCCGGUGGCCUGGAUGCCGACGAUCCUUCUUCUUAUGACUUGGAGAUGGAGAAGGAAGCAGCACGCGUUCUCGACUCAUGA